ACCAUUUGCUCUAAAUCUAGGAUAUCUGGCAAUACAGCCAAAGAUACGAAUAUUCAUGGAUCAGUCAGUGAACAGCUUAAGAAGAAUUUUGCCAAAACUAAAUGGAGACAAGCAUACAACGCAACAGCAGUGAUACGGCAGAUGCGAAAGCUAGCGAUGGGUAGUUCUGGAAGUUCUUUAGACCAAACCAGUGAUGCAGUGAUUACUGAUUCAUCUGAUACUCAAAGCCAACUGUUCUCUAAAUUAUCACAUUUAGAAACAGAGGACACUGUGGACACUGUUAGCCCUUUGCCAACAGUUAACUCUUCCGACUAAUGGACACAAUUAUAUCAAAUAGCGAGUUAAUCUCUAAAUGUAACAAAUACUCAGUUGUAUAAGUGAUGCAAAACUCAACCUUAAGAGCAAACGCUGAUUGACACCCAUAUCUCAUUAGAUCUUAACAAACCAUUGGAUAUAUUAUAUAA